AUUUGGGAAUAGGAAGGAAAGAAGAAUGAAGUUCCUGUAGAAAUGAUCACCACCACAUCAAAAUGCAGAGAUACAAUCGAACAGCAUUAACUUUGGUCCUGCUGAUAAAGUUUUCUGAGAAUGGCAUUCCCCAGAAAAGUCUAACUGAUAAGGAAAUAUUAGAGCAGCUGCAGAUUCCAGAUGGUGAUAUUUCAGAGUUUAGCUUUUCGUCAGAUAAAGAAAAUAAUGAGUCUGACUUUAUCCAACAAGACUCUGACAGUGUCCUAGAAUAUCCACAAAGUAAUCAUACUGAAAUACACAUGCAAGGGAAGGAUUAUAGUAUUGAACAUGAGGACAUCUCUAAACUGCAAACAACAAACAUAGAAAGUAAUGGUGUACAACCUUCCACCAGUAAGGAAGCAGCUCAACCCGCAAAAAAGAAGAAGAAAAACUGUUCAUGCAAGAAAGGUGAUUUCGUUCUGCCAGAUACCACAUGAAAGACAACAUACCUCCACCACCAUCUGAUGAAGACCUGACUCCAAUGAAUUAUUUUCAGAUGUUCAUUGAUGAUGAAAUAUGUGAAUCCAUUGCCCUUGAAACAAAUCAUUAUGCACACAUCAAAGAUGGGGUUGUCAUUGAUGUUUCUUGCAAUGAAAUAAAACAAUAUACUGGUAUUUUACUAUUUAUGGGUGCAGUUCCAAUGCCACAAUAUAAAAUGUACUGGUCACAACAGUGUCACUUUCCUCCAAUUGCAGAUGUUAUGAGUAGGAAUAGGUUUGAAACUCUAAGUUCAUAUUUCCAUCUAAAUAAUAACAACAACCAGAAACUGAAAGGUGAUCCCAAGCAUGACAAGUUAUUCAAAGUGAGGCCCCUGAUAGAUUCUUUAUGGAACAAUAUGUUGCAACUCCCUCCAGAAGAGAAACAGAACACUAAUGAACAGAUGCUCCCUUUCAAGGUAAAAAGUUAUUUAUCUCCGUGUCUCAAAAACAAACCUCAUAAAUGGGGAUAAAAAGUGUUUACUCGAGCUGGAGUAUCAGGCCUAAUUCUUGAAUUAGCAAUUUAUGUGGGUGAAGGCAAAUGUGAUGAGCAUGGUUUAGGAGUUUCAGGAGAUAUUGAUCUGAAGCUGUGUGAAGAUUUACCAGAGGGCAAGAACUCCAAGAUAACUGGUUCAGCACUUUAGAACUUUUAGACGUUCUCAAACAGAAAGGUAUUUUAUGUGUUGCGACUAUUCAUUCAGACAGAAUGUCACUCAGCCCCAUAGCAGAAGAAAAGGAGCUGAAAAAUAAAGGAAGAGGGCCACUGGAUUAUAGAAUUGAUGAAUCAUCCAACAUCCUAGUAGUAAGGUGGUAUGACAAUAAAGCUGUGCAACUGGUUUCCACAUAUGCAGGCAUAAAUCCACAGGAUAAGUACAAGAGGUGGAGCAAAAAGGAUAAUCAGUCAAUUCAGGUAAAUCAACCAUUGAUUGUGAAGGAAUAUAAUGAACACAUGGGAGGAGUUGAUUUAGCAGACAUGCUCACAGAACUUUACAGGAUAAAUGCCCGUUCUAAAAAGUGGUAUAUGCGAAUAGUUUAUUGGUGCUUCAAUGUUGCAGUUGUAAAUUCAUGGUUGUUUUACAGACGUCACUUGAAUCAGCGAGGCGCAACAUCUCAUAUUUCUCUUCUGGAUUUCCACUCUCAUAUUGCUUCUGGUCUUACUAUAGCAGGAAAUGUUGUUCAUCACAAAAGAGGAAGACCAUCUACAGAGGAUAUGCAAGCUUCAAAGAGGAAGUUGUUAGCCUCCAGGUCCAUUGCAGAUGUCAGAUAUGAUGAAGUUGGUCACUGGCCACAACAGAGCCACCAGAAAGGCCGCUGCAAGCUAUGCCCUAAAGGAUUCAGCAGAGUGUCGUGCAUAAAAUGUAAAGUGUUCCUAUGUAUAACAAGUGAUGUUUUCUGUAACUUACCUUGACAGCAUGUUUGUGUUACGUUGUAUAAGAAAAACUUAGAAAUGGUCAUGUCAUCCGUAUCAAGGAAUAUUCUC